AUGCCGUCUUCUUCUACCUCUUCUUCUGCGUUGACAAUUCGUAAAUUAGAGUACAAUGAAAUUGAACAGGCUGCUCAAACCCUUGUUGAAUCUUUUGAAACUGACCCCUUUGUUGUCUUUUGUCUCCCAGAUCCCUUGUCUUCUAAACAUGAAUCUUCCAACUCUGAUCAGAUUUCUCCAACUGUCAAGACCCAACGUGAUGCUUAUAUCCGAGCCCUGUUCUACUUUAUGACUUACCAGGGGACUGCAUACACUAUUGGUGAUGACUAUGGCUGUGUGGCCGUGUGGGUUCCUCCUGGAUCCCAGUUUGUUGUCACGACAUGGUCCUUGCUCCGUUCUGGUGCUUGGCGAGUUCUUUAUCAGAUUCCUAUUCGUGGCAUUCGCCGCACUUUUAUGACCAGUGAUGCAGGUGCUGAAGCGAAAAAAAGAGCCCUUCUUCCUCAAUCAUCUAAUGUCACAAGUUUCGAUAAAAGUUCUACUUCUACUUCUUCUACUUCGACAAAUAUUAAUAAUAAUAAUAAUAAUAAUAAUAAUAAUACCCCGCAAAUUAAAAACGAUUAUGAAAAUCACUGGUACUUGGCCAUCAUAGGGACUAAGAAAAAAUCUCAAAACCAAGGCCUAGCUAAAACACUCAUUCGCCAUUUUACUGAAAAGGCAGACCAGGCUGGUAUCAAAUGUUAUCUUGAGUCUACCUCUCGUAAUAAUGUCGAGUAUGUCUACAAAAAGGCAGGCUUCCAUGUGGUAGAAGAAAUUGUGCUUGAAGACGAUGGCGUCACGUGUACUAUUUUUUGUAUGGUUCGCAACCCAGGUGCUGGCCCUCAGCCAUAA